AGGUUGGAAGAGAUCUUUAAUAACCCACCCUCGCUGUGCCCACAUCCCCUCCUUUACAAACCCAACAUUUCUAUUGCUUUCCUGCUUGCAUGCUGGACCCACGGACACGCUGCUGGCUCUGGUGGGUUGUGCCACACCGUGAGCCCAGCGGGUGCAACCUGGCGAUGGGGCUCAGCUCCAUUCCUCCAUCCCCCCCCUGCAGCCGUCGCUCAGGAGCCCAUCAGCACAGCAGGGAAGUGCAACACCAUCUACAAAGGUUUUGCUGGCUGCCUCAUCAGCUUGGGGGACAGCAUGGCCCAGAGCAUGCGGCAGCAGCGGGACGAGGAGGAGGAGGAGGGCGGCCAGGAGGCGCAAGAAUUGGACACCAUCUGCAGGUCCUGGGAUGAGUUCCACGCUUGUGCCAGCGGGGUUCUGUCCCGCUGCCCCGAAGAGGCUGCAGCCAUCUGGGAGUCUCUACGCCAGGAAUCCCGCAAGAUCCAGUUCCAGGGAAACCUGCAGGAGCUGUGCAGUGCUCGGGGCCGCCUGGCCAGCUCCCAAGGCUCACCGCCUGCUGAGACCAACCAGGCCACGCUGCGGGGCUCGGCCCGCCACGGUCACCCCGGCAUCCUGCCCCUGCUGGCCCUGCUGCUGCUGGGGGUUUGGGCAUAGGGCUGCUCUCAGCCAAGGACCCGCCGUGCACUGCGCUAGGGGUUCAGCCUUGGGUCCCCGCUGACCUCAGUGUGGGCACAGGUUGAGCCCCAGCCCGACCCCUGCAGCCCUCACCUUCUCCUGGAACCCUUCAGAUGGAUUUAUAUUUAUA